AUGCGCACAAGCGAGUAAUUUGUUGAUAUCCUGUUUGCUAGUAUUCUCGUCUUUGCUGUUUUCAUUUGUUCAACAGUUUAAGGCUACUUUUUGUUUUAUUCCAAAGCACCGCUAACGUCAACGUUAUCUAUAUGAAGGGCUAAUGGAAGACACACGGGAUCUGGCUGAGCGCACCCCACGUUCAGAACGUAAGCGGAGAGAUUCGUUUGGAAUGUUCGAUGGCUACGAUAGUUGCAGCGAGGAGUCAACCAGCAGCUCCAGCUCCGAGGAGAGUGAGGAUGAAGUGGUGCCGUCCAUCCCUGCCAGUCUUCCCAUCAUCAAGAACAAUGGCCAGGUCUAUACUUACCCCGACGGAAAGGCUGGAAUGGCCACCUGCGAGAUGUGUGGAAUGAUUGGAGUUCGGGACGCUUUUUAUUCCAAAACAAAGCGUUUCUGCAGUGUUUCUUGUUCCAGGAGCUAUUCUUCAAAUUCCAAAAAAGCAAGCAUAUUGGCAAGACUCCAGGGCAAACCACCAACAAAAAAGGCUAAAGUCUUACAGAAACAACCUCUUAUGGCAAAGUUGGCAGCUUAUGCUCAGUACCAAGCAAGUCAACAGAACCAGACCAAAUCAAAAGCUGUGGUUACUGCUGAAAGCUUUGACUGGGGUCAGUAUAUAUGUGGCAAUAACACAUCUGGUGCUCCAGUCAGCUGUUUCAAGCAUGCCCCCAUGGGGACAUGCUGGGGAGGUAUAGAGGAGGGUGUGAGGAUUGAAGUGCUCAACUCUGACACCAACCACUCUACUAAGGUGUACUGGAUAGCAGAAAUCAUUAAGCUAGCAGGGUUCAAGGCUCUCCUGCGUUAUGAGGGUUUUGACAUGGACAGCAGUAAGGACUUCUGGUGUAAUCUCUGCAUCCCUGAGGUUCAUCCAGUGGGCUGGUGCGCUUCUAGUGGAAAACCUCUUGUACCUCCAAAAAGCAUACAGCACAAGUAUUCCAACUGGAAAGCUUUCCUUGUGAAGCGUCUUACUGGAGCUAAAACACUGCCACCUGACUUUAAUGCCAAGGUUCAUGAGAACACACAGUUCCCCUUUAAGAAGCUGAUGCGGGUGGAGGUCGUGGAUAAAAACUAUCUCUGUCGGACACGUGUGGCGUUGGUGGAACAAGUGAUUGGAGGUCGCCUCAGGCUAGUCUAUGAAGAGAGCCAGGAUGGAUCAGACGACUUCUGGUGCCACAUGUACAGCCCUCUCAUUCAUAAUAUUGGAUGGUCGCGCAGCAUCGGACACCGCUUUAAAAGAUCUGACGUAACAAAGAAAAUUGAAGGUCAGGUUGAUGCUCCGCCACAGCUCUUUCAAAGGGUUAGAGAUGUAGACCAAAGUGGGGAUUGGUUCAAAGAUGGCAUGAAGUUGGAAGCUAUUGAUCCCCUCAACCUCUCAGCUAUAUGUGUAGCCACUGUAAGAAAGGUGUUGGCAGAUGGGUAUCUCAUGAUUGGAAUUGAUGGUUCUGAGGCGGUCGAUGGAUCAGACUGGUUCUGCUACCAUGGCACCUCGCCCUCCAUCUUCCCUGUUGGCUUCUGUGAAAUCAACAACAUUGAUGUGACACCCCCUCGAGGGUACACAAAGCUACCAUUUAAAUGGUUUGACUACCUCAGAGAAACCGGUUCAGCAGCUGCUCCUGUUAAGCUAUUUAACAAGGAAGUUCCUAACCAUGGAUUCCGACAAGGCAUGAAGCUGGAGGCUGUUGACCUGAUGGAGCCACGACUGGUGUGUGUCGCUACAGUGACAAGAAUUGUACAUCGCCUACUACGGAUCCACUUUGAUGGCUGGGAGGAUGAGUAUGACCAGUGGGUUGACUGCGAGUCACCUGAUCUUUACCCUGUGGGCUGGUGUCAGCUGACAGGCUAUCAGCUCCAGCCCCCUGCCUCCCAGAGUAAUAGAGAAAUGUCUCAGUCACUACCCAAGCAGAAGAAAAAGUCCCAACAGUAUAAAGGCCAGAAGAAAAAAAGGAAGAUUCCAGUCGGUCGACGGCCCUUCAGUCAGGCAGGCAGGAGGAGGAGCUUCUCAGGGGAUGAAGAGCAGAGUCCACCUCCUUAUGUCAAGGGGCCAGCUCAGCCCCAACUCCGAACCCACGCCCACCAAACCCACAAUUCAGACUCCCUCCUGCGAAUGAAGGAGGAAACGAUGGAGGCGGAUGAGUUCAACUUUUCACAGGGCACCUCUGACCAGGAGAGCAAUGGCUCAGGCACCUACUACAUCAAACAGGAGCCCUAAGGUCAGAGCGGGACAAACAGGGAAAUGACAGUUCUGUUUCCAAGCUGAAAUGACACUCGGAAGCGCAAAUUUCCAGUGGAGAAAAAAGAUAUUCUCAGAAGUCGUUUCCAAGAAAAGCACCCAAGGCUUGGUCACAAACGUUUGGCCGUUUUCCUUUUAUCUUCUUUCUCACAUCGAGGGUCUGAGCAUUAAAACCAAUGGUGAAACAAUUUUUUGCCGUUUUGCGUGUAAGUGGAGCUCCUUUGUACUCCAUGCCACCUUAGACCUGUAUAAACUGUGAUGACUGUGUGGGUGAGCGGGGUCUUUGUGUUGAUUUGUUUUCAGGUAGGUUAGCCACUGAACACAUACAUUCAUUGUAACCAUUUGUCUGAUUAUACAAGCUGGCACAAAUAGGAACAAUUAUAUAUAUUUACUUUUUAUUCUGAAUUCACAGAGGACAUAUUUGAAAUAGUACUUGAAUUAUUUUUAGGUUUUUUUAUGUUGAUUUUUGGGUAGGGUUUUGUCUUAAUGUAGGUUUUACAUUUGCUUUUGGUGGCUGUGUGGUGAAAACAUUGUACAUGAAAGUGGUUAUAUUUAUAUAGGAUGUGAAUAACUAUUAAACUACGAGUGCAGGGUGUAGGUGUUAAGGAUCUUGGUGGUAAUACACUUGUUCAAGUACAACGCUGCAUAGAAUUCAUCAGAAUUGUCAUGGAAUGUUUCUUCCGGUAAACAUGUGUUUUCCAGACCAACAUUUAUUUUUUCAUUCAGCCAUUAAGCACAAGUGGUGUGUUCAUCAAACAUGUCUCCUGACUCACCUGGUAUGUUUGUACCCAUGGGAACCAAUGGCCAGUUAUUGGUCUUGCGUGACAUACUGUAGAUACCACAACCUGCCAUGUCUUUAUGCUGACAUGGACACGUCAGUAGAUUGGUGGCCAGCUGUGAAGUGUAGUAAAUGUGGACCGCGUGAGUCUGCCUUCUAUGGAGGAUUGCUUUGACUGGGCUGUAGUACGUAGCUCAAUGGUGGUCCCUUGUUUUUUUCCAGCCUGAUUGGUCUUUUCAAGAUGUCCACCUGGUCAGUUUGACAUGUGGCCAAAAGAGUUGGGAAUCUUGACUCGUUCCCGCUUCUGGAAACGUUUAAGCAGCCAAGGGUACGGUCCGCCCUUGUUAUUGACAUCACCAGUUAUGCGCUGGAGCCCUCCAAUUACGGCACGGUGUCAGUGACGAACUGUGGUCACCCAGGAAUGGGAGUCAUUUUCAGACCACACUUGAUCUGAUGGCACAUCAUCAUACAUCAUUAGAUGGGGCGUUCCUGUCUCUCAAAUACAGGAACCUGACCUGCUCUGCAUUCAAACUUACUCCAUGUCAUGCCUCACCCCUCACCCAUGACUUCCAGAGAUAUAUUACAUACACUCAUGCAGAUUCGAAGACCAGUUGACAAAAUGGCAAGAAUUUACAUUUUGCACUGCUGGAUCUUGAGGUUCUAAGUACAGCUUCAAAAUACAAAAAGAAUAAAUGGGAGUGAGACAAAACACAUUUUUUGAGUAACCAAAUUAUUGCAAACAAGCAUUAAAGUGAAAUAGGCUGAUCAACUGAUCAAAAGUUUAAGACCAUAGCUUAAAAAGCUAAGGCCAUUCUUGUUAAUCAACUGAAGAAUGGGUUUGGUUAUGCUUGAUGCCAGUGUUUCCAGGGGGCUCGUAGGAAUGUUGCUCCAGGUGGUGGAGAUGGCUUCAUGGAGGGCAUCCCUGUCUGGAACUCAUGUCCAUUUCCCAUGCCAACUUCCCUCGCCAUCCAUCCCCAAAUGUUCUAAAUUGGGUUUAGAUCAGGGGAACACGCAGGAUGGUCCAAAAGAGUGAGCUAAUUCCUCUGGAAUUAGUCCUUUGUCAGGCGGGCAGUGUUGUCCUGUUGAAAAAGCCAGUCAUUACCGCACAGACGAGGGCCUUCUGUCAUGAAGGCAACAUCUCCACACAGCCAGCUGCCGUUCGACGCCCCUGCACAACCUGAAGCUCCAUUGUUCCAUUGAAAGCCAUCAGGACCCUUAAGGUUAAAUUGUUUUCCUCAUCAGAGAAUAAAACUGUCUUCCAUCUUUCAAUGUCCCAUGUUUGGUGCUCUCCUGCAAAUUCCAAACGGAAGGAGGCGAAGGAGGCGAGGCCUUUGAUGACAUUUUUUCCUUCUUAAAAACCUUUUCUCGCAAAUGCCGUCGGACGGUUAAUGGACUGCACUUGGCAUCAGUAACAAGCCAAUGGGAUCCUCCGGCUCAGGACCGGGUCUGCCAUUUGACUUUGUUGUUCCAUAACCCUCAGGAUGUGAAAUGACUGUCAUACUGUGUCCCACCUCAGCAGCAAUGGCGCGCUGUGAGAGGCCUUGCUUAUGCAGCCCAGCAAUCCCACCGCGUUAAGAGAGGAAGCUUUUUUUGCCUUUGCCAUCAAGAGAUCAGGACAGUGUGAACACUAAGUCACAUUCAAUCUACAUUUUUGCCUAUUAAAGGCUGUGCUCUUAAACAUUUGAUCAGCUGAUGAACAGCCUAGUUCACUUUGCUUGUCUGCAAUAAAUUGCGAACCCUUUUUAAAAUUUUUUUUUUUUAUUAAAUCUCACUCCCAUUCUUUCUUUUUGCAUUUUCAAGCAGUUCGGCAACUUUAUUUUCAGAGAUCUUUUAGCUUGAUUUACAUUUUCAGUUGAUGUGGCGCUUAGAAAUACAUUAUAAUAUACUUAAAACAUAUAUAAUCCUGUCCUGUCAUUUAUCGUUCUGUUAAUAAAAUAGUCAAAAUGGGCAUAUUUCAGACAUAGUUGCAAAUGGUGAUUUAAUCAUGAUUAAUUUGGAAACUGUGAUUAACCUGACUAAAAUUGUUUAUAAUUUGACAGCCCUAAUUUUGAAAUGCAUUUGUGUGUUUUUUUUUUACUCCCGUUUUGUCCCUCCGUCAGCGUCCAUUACAACGACAUGUACACGUGUCAUGGCCAGUUAUGCAAAUUAGACCAUGGCGUCAUCUUGCAUCAGCACGCCAACCCACCACCACAAAUAGAUUGCAGUCCUGUGCUGUGUGUCCACACUUUUGUAGUCAGCAAUAUUCUCACAAUCUUCAUAUCAACCCACACAGCAGCAGGGUGCAUUGUAUUCCUGGUGUUAGAAAUGUCCAUUGUUUACCAGCAAGUAAAUGCUCUGAUCCGUUCAUUUGCUGUACCAUAAAUUAACAGUAAAAAUGAUCCCCCCCCCCCUUGAAACUGUUGAACAUUUCCCUAAGCUCAGAUACUGCCGAGUGUUUACAAUAUUCAUACAAUAGAAUAUCUGUUGGUGUAUAAGUUGCCCCAUUUGGGCAAACUUUUAAAUGUAAACAUUUUUUUAAAUGUAAAAAUUGUGGUCAAAACCAAAAAAUUAGUUGGCACUAAAAAGGAAAACAUUUUGGGAAUUUUGCCCAUCAAAUCCUUAUGUGAGACAUGAACACACUUCUCUCUUUUCUGUGCAUUCUAAAAAUAUAAAAAGGGCAUCUAAGAAUGCACGUAAUGGUGCAUUCUUAGAAUAAAAAAAAAAAAAAGUACAGUUUUCCUUUAAGUGACUCCAAGAAACAGGCUUGGUGUCACCGACCACUUGAUUAAAAGAGUUGCUCCAAAAUCCUCAUAAGCAGCGACAUCAUCAUCAUCAUCAUCAUCAUCAUCAUCAUCAUCAUCAUCAUCAUCAAAAGCACAGGCGUUCUACAAACAAUGAAAUGCUUGGAAAUGGUCAUCCACUAUCUUCUGUCUGGACCGCAUUUCAUUGUUUGUAGACGUUCUGUGCUGCAAGAAAGACAUUCUGCCAGAGGAAGUCUGGGCGUGGUUGCAAACGGAACUGGACUUUUCUCCAUUCUUGGUUAAAACUCAGACCCAAAAGAUGCAUCACUUGCUCCAAAACGUUUUGAAGGUUCUGGAUUGGUCCUCGCAGAUCUCAGUCCGAUUGAGGGAGCUCAAGGUUAGGUUCCAGUUGGAAAGAUCUUGAAGCAUCUGGCUUGGAAAAAUGGGCUACAUCAUCCUUAGCGAGGCUUGUACUAACUUGAUCAAACAAAGUAGAAAUAGUUUGAUUAUAAGAUUGUUGAAAAGAUAUUUGUAUUAGAUUUGAGGAAGUGUUGACCUCAGCUGUAUGUUGUUCAUGUUUGUGGGUAGCUGGCGCUUAUGCAUUCAAGUAGGCCAUCGUUAAUGUUGGGAAAUGAGUUCAUAAGCCCUGAUUCCACCAUACUGGAUAUCUCAUCAUUACUUCACCAAGCUUUUCAAACACUUCCCCCAUCAGGGUCCGUCAUCGUGCAUCAUCUUUUAUCUGGCUCAGUAUUUCGGACCAAAUACCCUUCUUGAUGCAGGCCUCACAUUUACAGGGCUUGGGACAGGAUAUGGCCUGCGUGUGUGUGUGUGUGUGUGUGUGUGUGGGGGGGGGGAUAUGGAAUGAGCAUUUGAUCAAGCUGGAACCCACCCAAGCAGCUUUAUCAAUAAGAACUGUCUAUCAUGGUGUGUGUCAGAGGAGCAGCCGUAGAUUUGUUGUUUGUGUGUGUAAACCUCUCUAAAAGCAAUAUAUAAAUAUCUCCAAAUUGGUGUUUCAGCGUUAAGUUUAGAUGCUCCUUUAUGAAUCACCUCAGCCGCGUAACGACAUGCAGUACUGUGCAAAAGUCUCAUUUAUUCUUUUCAGGAGCUUUUUCCCAGCGAUCGUCUUGGUAAACACAGUGGAACCUUGGUCCGAGCAUUUUUCCCUUGACGUGAAAAAUGUAGGCCAAAAUGUUGCCCGUUUGCGUGCAAUAUUCCACGUCUUUACGCAUUUUUAUCACAAAACCUUCCUCUUGGCAUGGAAACCGGAACCGGAAGUCAUUGUCUGCCGGCUCCAUCGCCCGUCUGGUGGUGAUGAGGGGUUGAUUCGGUCGUUCUAACUAACACAGUUACGUCAGCCGGGUCUGCUUUUCUUAUUGAUCACAGCUGCAAAACAAGCCAAAGUGGAGCCAAAGAAAGUCCCAAGUGAAAAGAAGGUGAGAAACUCAAUUGAAUUGAAGAAAUACUGUAACUCGCUGUCUCAUCGCCACCUUGGUCACCAGUCAAGUCCUCAAUCGAGGUAAACGUCACCAGAUGUAACAUGUUAAUUUAACCCUUUCAUCUACAUUUAAAUGGUUUUCUGUAUGUAAAACUAUUUUUAAAAAGUAUUGUGUGAACAUUUUUUUGGUGGGGUCCGUCUCUGGAAAGGCUGGCUGGGGGCGUGAUGCGGGGGGGAUCGGCAGGUUUUGGGUGCAUGACGAUGAAGGGCCGCUGUUUCGGUGCUGUGAACGUGUGGACUUAUAAUAUACAACGUGACACAAAAAAAUACGUUUGUCAUCAUUCAUAAGAAUUUAAAUGAUUAUGAAAAAAACAUUCAAAUGUAAUCAUUUUGAAAAUUUCAAAAUGGUAAUACGAUAUAUAUAUUGCAUAUCAUACAAAAAAUACAUUGAAAAAAAUAAUCGACUAAAUUACAGUGGAACCUCGGUUUUCAUCUGUCCGAUGAAAACCCCCCCAAAAAAAGGUCAAUCCAAUGAAUACGUUCCAGACAGCCACGAAGCCUAACACAAAACACGUUUUAUUUAUAAAGUAAUUAUAGUUUUACAAAGACAAGUUUGGAACUUAAAAAUGGUGGCUUUUGCACAGCACUGUACAGUAUGUCACAAAAGUAAGUAAAAUAACAGAUAUUUGAUUGUCUUUUCAUGGGACAAGCAAGUAAAGUAGUCAGUGUACAGCUUGGAUGACUGUGUUCAUUAGCCGUCCCCUCCAAGUCACUUGACAAACCGCCAUUGAUGUCUAAAUUGCUGGCAAACAAAUGUUUGAUGUACAAAUUGGGGCCAAUUUGCCAUUUGUUCAAAUCUCCUGGGUCAUGUGAGUCAGUGUUACAAGGUGUGAAUGGGGAGCCAGCGUGUUAAAUUUGAUGCCAUCACUCUCACACUCGCUCAUCACUGCAAGUUCAACAUGGCACCUUAUUGCAAAGAACUUGCUGAGGAUGUGGAAAGAGUCGUUGUUCUACAUCGUAGGCUCAAAGAAGAUUGCCAACAGCUUGGCUUGAAAGCGGGACAUGCCUCGCCAUGCUCCACGAAAGAAGUGGUCAGUGCUGAGACCACAGGCGGCCGUCGUCCAGAAGGAAACCUCUUGUAAAGAUGAUGCACAAAAAAGCAGACCAACGACGUGGAUUAGUGGAACGCUUGCUUCAGGUAGCGUCACGCGUGCGUGGUGGCAACCAGGUGAGGAGGACACAGACUGGUGUGUCUUGCAUGGCGGUGAGAGUGUCACGGUAAUGGGACCUGAUAACAACCCCCAACACACCACCAAGAAAGAAGCAGAUGGUAAAGGUGAUGGUGCUAAACCCUAUCGAGCAUCCGUGGGGCACUGAGUGCAAGGUGUCCAUGAUGUCCUCAUGGAGGCCUGAAAAGCCUGUGACGCCACACCCAACGGAGUCAAGACGGUGUUGGAAAAUCCUGAUAUUCACACUAAACAUUCACAUUGAGUGGGUCUGUCACGAUUGAUAAAUCGUCUGAUUAAAAAUAAUAAAAAAAAAUCAGGUGGAUCAUUAAAUUGAAAUCUGGUCUGCGUGUUUCAUCUGCUCGUCUCUGUGCCACUCAAGCUGCAUGACAAGAUGGUUCGCUCUGCAUUGCUUCUACAGUGGAAUGAACGGAGAGAGUGGGCCCUCAUGUCAUUCAGCCUCUUUGUGGAGGUGGGGCGACUAGUGAGGGGGGUUUAGAGGACUUAGCAGUUAGCGUAUGUUGCCUCACAAAGCUAACAUGAAGAAGGCACAGAAGCAAUGGUUUCUGAGGCGAACGCCACAGCCGCAGCGUGGGAACAUUUCCGUUUAAAACAGAAUGAACACAGUGAGUGGAUGAACGCCGACGGCCGACGGACAGUUUUCUCAACUGGGGGAAAAAAAACUACCUAUGUAGGUGCCUCGGGCAGCGGAGCCUUCGUCCUGACAGUCGACGCUUAUUGAGGUGUUUGGUCUGCAAAUAUAAACAAACCAGUGCAGCGUAGCAAUGCCGACAUUGCUAAAGCAUACAUGCAACUUGUGUGUCAGGCUAAUGUCUCACACGGCUAGCCUGUACACUACACUUGAGUACCAUCACCGUGGCAGGCCUACACUAGAGGCCCACUAGAGGCCCACUCGAGACACGUUGACCCUGCGACAUCUUUAUGUAGUGCGACAAUUCUUUACAGAUCCUCAGCGAGUUAUUAGCCAUGAGGUGCCAUGUUGAACUUCUAGUGGCCAGUGGGAGUGUCAUGACACCAUGACACCAAAUUUAACACACCUGCUCUUCCGUCUGCUCUGUGAACAGACACGCAGACGGAACCACGUGACACACCAAACCAUAGAAGAAGAAAGAACAUAUGCACAUAAGUACGACGCAGGGGAAUUACUUCUGCGAAUGACGAGUGGGGUGAGUCAGAUAUUACGUUGGCUUGUCGUCAAAGCUCACUUCUGGUCAUGUGACGGCAACGGGUCAGUGGUGUCAUUGUUUUCAUAAAGCAGCGCCACUCUGGAAGCCGUUUCUAAAAAUAGUGUGGACGCAACACUGUUUCCAUGUGGAUAGCUCCUGAGUCACAUGAUCCCGGGAGAAAAAAUGGCAAAUUGGGCCCAAUUUGUACAUCAUACUGACUUGUGUUGCCAGCUGUUUAGACAUGAAUGCUACAAGCUGUACACUGACUACUCCACAUUGUAUCAAAGUGUCGUUUCUUUAGUGUCGAAGUAUUUGCAGCAUGUGGGAUUGCGUACUGUGUGUCAGCAGGUGUUCCAUGUGAUGCAAUUUAAUACCAUGUGCUGCUUUUUACCCAACGAAAACAGCACUCACCUAUAGAAUAACAUAACAAAUCUAUUGUUGAUAUUUAACAGAAUUGGUGUGUAACUGCUACCUCCUAGUGCAGCUGAAACAACACCCCUGUGACGAUAUGCAAACAAAGGCAUUUUAGCACAUUAUAUGCAAAAAUAAUGGCUUAUUAAAAAGUUCUAAUGAUGAAGAAAAUGUAUCGUACUUCUGACAUGAUUCAAAGUAUAAAUUUGAGAUUACGUAGAGAUAUUUACCAGAAUGAUAUUUAAUAUUUGCUGUGAACAUUUUUCUAUGUUUUUUACACUUCAGUGUGGUCGGCAAAGACGGCAUUUUACAAGUGACAGCAAAGGGUUGUUUUUGUGCAUGGUCCCAUGUGACAGGCGUGGGAAGCGGCACGUUGGUGCUCGGUGUGCUUUAUUGCAGGAUUAUGCAAAAGCGACACAACCUAUUUGCAACAAAAUUGGCGGGAGUGCGGCAUGCGUGUGUCCGGGAGGUCCAAGUACGUUUUCAUGCAGUUAGAAAUGUGGAAUCUCUCUCGUUGCAAUUUCAAUCAUGAUUAGAGAUGACGUCACUCUGUAUGAACUGUACGUCAUCAGCUGCCCAUUUCGUCCUUUUUGGAGAGGAAUUGAUGGCAUUAGCUGGUCUUUGGUGGGCUCAUGAUAUCUUACGUCAGGGGUGUCCAAACUGUACAGAAAGGGGGGGGGGGCAUCACACUCAAGCCAAGCACCUAUAAAAACGAUUCACCCCUCUCCCCCCCACCCUCCCUUGCUUUUAUAAAAUGGGGGGUCAUGGUCACACAAAUAUCCAAGGGGUGUGAAUACCACGUCAAAAUAAGAGUUUUUCUAAUCUACAGUGAAAAGAAAAAUAAAACUUACCAAGGAAUUCCUGGCUAAUGUGAUUUUUAUUGUUGUGAUAGGCAAUUAGAAUUCUAAUGAUGCUAUUUACGAUUUUAUUCGAUUUAUUCUUGAAUAUUCAGAUGCAGGCACAUUUUGAAAAAUAUUUUUUAUGUUCAUGCAGGCUGUUUUUAAUGUUAUCUCAAAAUUGUUGCAAACCCAGCUCGUUAGCUCGGCCUUUCAUAGCCACUUGGUGGAUUUUGCUUUGAAACUAUUUUUAGGCUGACUGAAACGGAAAUGCUAACAAUGCUAACAGCUAGCAUGCCAGCUACAUUGUGACGACGUGAACAUCUCUUGCUACAGUGGACACUUGCUAAGGUGCUACAUGUCAACGUGAUGCUAAAAUGCUAACGCUAGCCCAUAGAUACCGUGUACCUAAAGUCAAACUCAUAAGUUUUGAAUUAUUUUCUUACCAGUUUUCAAUCCCUAAUCAUCCUUGGUAACGUUCUGAUGCAUACAGACUUUUUUUUUUUUUAAAUAAACGUGCGAACAAAAAAAAGCCUGCAGUCCAGACUUUGGACACCCCUGUCUUGUGUUCUCUUUAAACUGAGAAGUGACCUGCUAACAAAUAAAAAUAGCUACGCCGCUUGAUUACGCUUUUUAACGGUUCAACCUUGGCGGCGCUUUUGCGCUGCUGAGCACCAUUCUGGUUUAUAUUGGAGGGUUUUUGCCAAUAUUAUCAUUCACUCCCAGAAACAACUCAAUCAGAUCAGAAAAGCAUCAUUUCUUCAUGAAGUACAAAGUUGUUACUACGAGAGGUAAACAAAUGACUGUUACCUGCUGCUACCCCCCCCCCCCAAGGUAAACACUAAGUAAUGCACAAGCAAUGCUUGCUGUCCUACCUUCCGUCACUUGUGUGUGUUUCAUUAGCCUUGGAUUACAUCAAAAGAGGUUAAAGGGCUCUGUAGCAAUCAAGUGGUUUGACCUUGGGUGCCUGAUCAUCUCAAAGGAAAAAAAGUUGUAAACCGGGGGUGUCCGAAGUGUGGCUAUUUUUGGCGCACAUCUUGUUUUUUUUUAUUGGCCUUUGUCAUGUAAAAAUAAAAUCAACUGAGUGUUAAUGAGAUGACACUCAUCUCAGAUAGCUUAGCAUACGCUGCUGAUCAAAAUGUUAAGACCAGUUGGAAAACUGCAAGAAUUUACAUUUUGCACUGUUGGAUCUUCAGGAGGUUGUACGUCGAGCUUCAGUGAGAGAAAAGAAAGGGUUGGAGUAAGCAAAGUAUUGCAAAAAGCAUUAAAGAGAAAUAGGCUUUCAGAUGAUCAAAAGUUUAAGAGCACAGCCUUGAAAAGGCAAACUCUUGGCAAAAAUGCGGAUUGAACGUGAUGGUCAGGUGAUCUCUUAACGGCAAAGGCACAAAAGCUUUCUCUCUUUGAACACGGUGGGAUUGUUGAGCUGCAUCAGCGAGGCCUCUCACGGCGCUGCUGAGGUUGGACGCAGUAAGACGGUCAUGUGAGACUUCCUCAGAGAUCCUGAGGCUUAUGGAACAACAAGUCAAGUGGUAGACCCAAAAAAUGUCAGUCCUGAGCUGGAGGAUCCCAUUGGCUGUCCGUCAAGACACGGGACCAUCCUCGGCCCAAAUGAAGGCUGGUACUGGUGCCGAGUGCAGUCCAAUAACCAUCAGACACAUUCUGCCAGAGAAGGCUUUUAAGAAACGUCUUCAAAGGCCUCGUCUCCUUCAUCAAGGCCACAAAAUUGCCCAUUUGUAAUUUGCAGGAGAGAACCAAACACGGGACAUUGAAAGGUGGAAGAAAGUUGUUUUUUUUUUCUGAUGAGAAAAAAUGAUCUUGAAGGUCCUGAUGACUUCCAACGUUACUGGCAUGACAAGGAGAUCCCACCUGAGAUGUUUUCCACAUGGCACAGUGGAGGGGCCCAUCAUCAUGAUCCUUCAAUGGAACAAUGGAGCUUCAGGUUGUGCAGGGGCGUCAAACAGCAGCUGGCUAUGUGGAGAUGUUGCAGGGGGUGUCCCUCAUGACAGAAGGCCCUCGUCUGUGUGGUAAUGACUGGCUUUUUGAAUAAGACAACGCUGCACUUCGCAAUGACCGCCUGACAAAGGACUUCUGCCAGAGGAAUUAGCUCACUCUUUUGGACCAUCCUACGUGUUCCCCUGAUCUAAAUCCAACUGAGAACAUUUGGGGAUGGAUGGAUGGAUGGAUGGCAAGGGAAGUUUACAAAAAUGGACAUAAGUUCCAGACUGUGGAUGUCCUCCAUGAAGCCAUCUUCACCACCUGGAGCAACAUUCCCACUAGCCUCCUGGAAACACUGGCAUCAAGCAGGCCCAAACCAAUUUUUCAGCUGAUGAUCAAGAAUGGAGCAGCUACUCCUUUUUUAACAUUUUAUUUCUAUUUUACGGGGCUUUCUGGUACCACCCCCCCAGCCUAUUUCACUUUAAUGUUUGUUUGCAAUAAAUUGCUUACUAAAAAUGUUUCUUCUCCUUCUUUCAACCUCCUUAAGAUCCAACAGUGCAAAAUGUAAAUUGUGGUCUUAACAUUUUGACCAGAAGUGUAAAUGGACCUACAUUGGAUUAGUUUUAGCAUCUUUAAUGUAUAAAAUGUAUGACAUUUUCUGGACGUGGACCUCGGUGGGAGAAGUUUGGACACCCCUACUGUACUGCAUUAUGAAUUCUUCUUUGUUCUACUUUGCAUUGAGGACGUGAGGCUGUCCAUUUCCACCAUUGAUCAUUGUCUUUGUUUCCUGGUGUGCAUAUGGAUUGACCCAGUGAUGCAUGUCUUAAUUCUUGUAUGUACAAACUAUUAAUCUCUUCUUGGAUACUAACACGGGUCUUUUUAUGUGGUUGUUCCCUCAGUUAGGUUGAAACCUUCUAUUAUGGUGCUAUAUAUUUGAUAAAAAUGAUACAUGUAUUGGGAUCACUCUUUGAAGAUAAUGUAAGUUGAAAAUUAUUUUGGAUACAAAUGUGCAUAUAAAACCUAAAACAAGAGGUACAUUAUUCAAAGUUUGUAUGUGUCAUAUUAGUUCUCUGGUUUGAUACGUUUGUGUUUUGAUAGUUGUUCAAUAAAGUAUAAUGUGUGGAUCAUUAUAUUGUUUACAAUUUCUGCAUGGCCGUGAAAGUUUUUUCUGGUGAAUUUGGUCAUGUUUGCCUUUUCCAUGAAUAAAAAGCCGAAUGACACCAACUCUUCCCCACAGUUUGUCUGGUUCCGUCUUUUAGAAGAAGGCCUGUUGUGUCCAGCAGGGGUUUUCAAAGAGCUUGGCCAGAAUCUCCCCUCACAAAAGUCACAUCACACCUCACAUUUCACAAGCGCAGUAGCCGUCCCUCGUUUAAGGCAGGUCCACCUUGUGAUAAGUAAAUUAACAAUAUUAAUAAAUUGAAUAUUUAGGUAGUUAAAAACCUUUUAUGACUUUGUCAAUAUGGUUUUAAUGUUAGUAGAGCCCUGCACACAUGAAAUAACCGCCCUAUAGUCACCUUUUCACUUGUAUUACCUGAUAUAGGAGACAUAAGUGAUAGUAAGACAUAAUUCACAUGUUAGCACUGGGAAAGCUCCUUGUUGCAGUCAGGCGCGGAUUUAGAGGGGCCGUUUUGAGGCACCCACGAUUUAUUUUUUUUGCCACAAUAAAAGCUAGUAAAAUGAUAAACCAUCCUGGAUUCCAGUCACCCAGUCCCAGUGAAGGUACAUGUUCUAAAUUCUGGGCGCGUGGUGGACGCAUAUGCCAGGAUGCAACCGAGACGCAUGCUAUUCCUGGAGCCACUGUCAGGCUGAUCAUUGACGUUGGACAUUGAACGUGUGCUGUACGUGGCUAUUCAGGUGGAGGUGCAAAAUAAAGGUUCUGGCAUCAUGACUAUAAGGAACACUGUUGUCUACUCAAUUAAAUGAACCAGAAAAGCGAUCCCCAGUGACAUCAAAUUAUACUCAAAUCCUCGGAAUUUACAGCUGCUUCAAAUUGGAACAUAUUUCAGGAAAUUGAGCUAAAAUGGGUUUCUCCUAGUACCGCUCAUUUUAUAAACAGAAUGUUUUGGCUUAAACGAUAUAUUCCAAGGAUAAAAAUAACAACUCUUGAAAUUAAGGACAUAAAAUUGGCCUCAGAUCUCACCAGAUUGCAGGAAAUGAGGUCUAAUUUUAAAGAUUUUCUGGCCCCCCAACCCUCCGCUCCAUUUCCAGCCCCUCGGCCACACCCCCCUUUUCAAAAAAGCUAGACCCGCCAUGACAGUAUCUCAAAUGCAAAAAAAAGAUGGACGUCAGCCUAUCAUCCAUCCUCACGAGGACGUUUGUCACUUGACUGAUGUACUGGACCAGUCUGACAUGCAUCUGGCACACGUACACGUUCAUGUAACAUGAUGGACGCUGCUGCUCCACUGACAGCUUUGUUUACACCACCUUGUGCAGCUGCAGGAUCUCUGCACGGACACGAUGCUGCUGCUUUCAGCAUAACAUGCUACCCAGCUAACUAGUUAGCCUCCAGUUUGUUUAUUCCAGACUUAAGAAAGGCUUUGAAACCGAGUGGAGAAGAAGGACAAAGUAAGAAGGUACCACUUCACACGCAUCCAUGGCCGACUCCGUGCAGUGCAAGUUACGGUAACAUAAUAUAAGCUGACGUCUCAUCAAUGUAACAAGACGGACACCGAGUGACCAUGAAACUACAUUUGACUUGUCUUUCAAUAUUUUGGAUUCAUAACAGGCCGUAGUCAACCUCGAAAAUCUAUUAACUAGAGUGAAGGAGUUUGAACCCCAAAGUGAAUCCUCAAAGUAUUCACAGGGUUUCACUUUUUCCACAUAUUUUAUGCUACAGCAAAAUAGAAUACAUUCCUUCCCCCCCCGAAACACACACCAACACCCAAUAAUGAUCAAAUAAAAAAUGGAUGCAAAUGUCUUGAGAAUUUAAAAAAGUGCUGGAAAGUGAACCAUAUUCUAUUCAGGUACACUAAACCAAACAUAGGGAAGCCCGUUUCAACCACUGGAAGAAACAAAUAUAUCAUAAGUCAUAAUUAUGAGAUAAAAAGUCCAAAUUAUGAACGGCAUGUGCUGCGUGCCAUGUGACGAAAGCUGCAGUGAAGGUGGCACAUGUGCAGUUUGUACAGUAUCUCAGAAUUUCCACUUUUUAUCUCAUAAAUGACUUUUGAUCUCAUAGUUAUGACUUAUCUCAUAAUUAUGACUUAUCUCAUGACUUUCCUAUCUCAUAAUUAUGAUUUUUAUUUCAUAAUUAUGAAUUUUAUCUCACAAUUUGG